AUAAGAUCACCCGUUCACCCAUCUUUCCAUAUAUAGACCACAAGAACCUCUUCACUUUGCCAUUUUCCAGAAAAUUCACCAACUUCUUCGAACUCUACUCAAUCCGAUUUCAAUUUUUAAUCAAUCAAUUAUUCAUUUAUAAAUUCAAUCGAAUUUCCAAAUUGAUUGAAUUUUCAUUUUGAAGAUUUUAUAAUGGUGUCGGUAAAUCCAAACCCUACGCAAUCGCAAGGUUUUAACCUAGAAUUUACGAAUUCCGGUAUGCCUCUUCCCGGAGUUAACCCUAUUCCGCCGGUAAAUUCGCCGGUUUCCGGUGGUUCUGCUGUUCCGAUGUCGGAGGAUCACUCUAAGAAAGUGAGGAAGCCGUAUACGAUUACUAAGUCUAGAGAGAGCUGGACUGAACAAGAGCACGAUAAGUUUCUAGAAGCUCUUCAAUUAUUUGAUCGUGAUUGGAAGAAAAUUGAAGGUUUUAUUGGUUCCAAGACAGUAAUUCAGAUUCGUAGCCAUGCUCAGAAGUACUUUCUAAAGGUUCAGAAGAGUGGGUCUAAUGAACGUGUGCCGCCUCCACGACCAAAGAGGAAAGCAGCCCAUCCAUACCCGCAAAAGGCUUCUAAGACUGCUCCAGCGAUUAAUCAAUCUAUGGGACAGUAUCAGAAUUCUCCUGUUGGUGUUUUGGAACCUGGGUAUGUUUACCACCAUGACCCAUCAUCAGUCCUCACCAAUCAAAGUGGCAGUGCUCCAGCAUCUUCCUGGACUUUUGGGUCUGUGCCAGUUGUCAAUACAGCAAGCUUGAGAAGAGAUGAUGCAGCACUAGCAAUGCCCUCAAUGACUCCCACAGGUUGCUGCAGCAGCAGCAAUGAGAGCGGAAGUACUUGGCCAACAGCUGGAGCUACGGAUCAGACAACUCAGGGAAAGCGUAUCAAAGCAGUUGUACCAGAUUUUGCUCAGGUUUACAGUUUUAUUGGAAGUGUCUUUGAUCCCAAUGCUCGUGAUCACCUGCAGAGGUUAAAGACAAUGGACCCAAUUAAUGUUGAAACAGUAUUGCUGUUGAUGAGAAAUCUUUCAGUCAAUUUGCUUAGCCCUGAAUUUGAGGAAUAUCGGAAGUUAUUUUCAUCAUAUGAUGUGGAGUCAGGUAAAACUAGGUCAUGUAGUCAUCUCUUGCCAGCUCAAGAUAACUCCAAGACUGUAAUUCCUGCUGUUUACUAAUCAAGAAGGUAUCAGUCUGGUAUCAGAUUUGUUUACUCUCUUUUUCAUUUCCCCUUCAUUAUAUGACCGCGUAUACGAUAUUUCCAGUAGAGUUAGCAGUACACAAGUUUGGAUGAUUCUAAACAACCAGAUGUUCCAUGUAGUUGUAUUUGUGUAAUGUGCAUGUUCUCUGCGAGUUUGGUUAGCAGAGUCGAAUCUUGGGAGGGAACAAAGUGGUUUACCUCCUCGCUCCUCAUACCUUGUUGUGCCUGGGUUUUGUACUGGAGUUCUACUGCAGCCAACAAAUAGGUUGCUUGAGACGUUAGUCUAGGUUUGUAAUAUAAAGUCCUUUUCUUACGAGGUUUGAAGUGUGUCUGUAUAGUGUCCUGAGAUCCUCUACUGAGGUUUUUGUAAUAUUUACUAGUCAGAGAGUGCUGCUGCUGCUAUUGGGAAUGUUAAAGCUUUUCGACGUAGCUGCAAAUGAGAAUCCUUUGUACAUAUUGAAUCCUGAGAACGUUAUGUAUAUAGAAGAAGGUCCGGAACUGGUUUGACUUGACUGUUGAUGUUAUAAAAGAGUUUUCAGUCUGUUUCCCAAA